AUGUCGUUUCUCUACCUCGUGGCCCUCUUGGUGGCCAGCAUCUGUUCGGUGACCGCUCAGACAUGGACAUCGUGCAACCCUCUCAACGAGACCUGUCCGGCUGAUCCAGCCCUGGGUAUCAACACUACAUUCACUUUCAAUCAGACUCUCGACGAUACCAUCUGGAACGUCACCAACGGAGCCUUGACGCACACCAGCAAGGGAACCGAAUUCACCAUCACAGGAGAGAAUCAGUCGCCCACAAUGCAGUCAACCUUCUACAUCUUCUUCGGUAUUGUCGAGUCCCAUGUCAAGAUGGCCAAGGGCGCCGGUAUCAUUAGCAGUAUCGUGCUGCAGUCGGACGACCUGGACGAGAUUGACUGGGAAUGGGUGGGUUACAACACCAGCGAGGUCCAAUCCAACUAUUUCGGCAAGGGUAACGAUACCUCAUUCGACCGCGGCGGGUAUCACUAUGUUCCCAAUGCGGAUACGGAAUUCCACAACUACACCACCCACUGGACGGCCGAGAAACUGGAGUGGUGGAUCGACGGCAAUCUCGUCCGGACCCUGAAAUACGAAGACGCCCUCGACGGCAAGAAUUACCCCCAGACCCCUUGCAACCUCCGUUAUGGCAUCUGGCCUGCUGGUAUCAAGUCGAAUCAGAUCGGCACGAUCGAAUGGGCAGGUGGUCUGGUUGAUUACUCGAAUGCCCCUUUUACCAUGGUCCUCCAGAGCGUCCGUGUGCAUGAUUUCCACACCGGCAAGGAGUACAAUUAUACCGAUCACUCGGGAUCAUGGGAGAGCAUCGAUGUCAUCUCGGGUAACUCCACCGUUGCCAACGCGAUCCUCAACCCGCCGAAAUCCUUGGCCGAGAAGUGGGCCGAACUACCGACCGGAGCCAAGGCCGGUGUAUACAUCGGGGCCGGGUGCGUUGGUGCCGCCAUGAUCGCCGGAUUUAUCUUCUUCUUCAUCGCCCAGCGCAAGAAGGGCCGUCUCGAACACGCGCUCGAGGAUGCCAAGUGGGCCAAUGAACGCACCGAAAUGAGCACUUUCCAGAACGAUUGGAAGCAGAGCGAGUGGAAACACAAGGGAUACCAGCCGGUCAAUUAA